UUUAUUUGUCGGGUCGGAAUUUGCCGACGCGCCCUCCGCCCGGCCGGAAGCGGCUCUUCCCGCUGCACGGCGGAGCCGUUUGAGGCCUGGACCCGCACUUGGUGCCGCCGCCGCCAUCCGCCGGUGGGAAACAUGUCCGCGGGCCGCCCGUUCCUGGCCUGCGCCUGCUUCUUCUCCGACAACAUCUUCGUGGGGCGCUACGGGCUGCACGUCCGGUACCGGGACGAGCGGCAGCUCCGCCGCGACUACGGGCGGGCGCUGCGGGAGCGGGGCUGCCGGAGCGAGGAGGACUUCGUGGGCGCCCUGAGGGAGAUUGAGGCAGAAGUGACCAGAAGAAGAGGGUUAAUUCAUCAGUCAGUGAAACGCAAAGCCAUCAUCUCACAGUGCUACGAGAGAAAACACCCAGAAGUGUACACUCUGCAGGAUUCAUUCCUGUCCCCUGACUUCCUGGAAAUCGUGAGAUACUGCACGUCACCGGAUGCUCAUCUCCAUGGCCUCCUGCGCUACCUCGAGUCCUUCUCAGAGAAGAGGAUCUAUCGUCUCCCAGUGUUCACAGAGGAGUUCUGCCAAGCCUUUGUGGAUGAGCUGGAGAACUUUGAGCAGUCGGAUAUGCCUAAAGGCAGGCCCAACACUAUGAAUAACUAUGGGGUUUUGCUAAAUGAACUUGGGAUGGAUGAAACCUUCAUCACACCCCUGCGUGAGAAAUACCUGCGGCCCAUAACAGCGCUGCUCUAUCCCGACCUGGGGGGUGCCUGCCUGGACAGCCACAAGGCCUUUGUUGUCAAGUACUCACUGCACGAAGAUCUGGAUCUGAGCUCUCACUAUGACAAUGCAGAAGUCACCUUAAACGUUUCACUGGGCAAAGACUUCACAGAAGGCAACUUGUACUUUGGGGAUCUCAGCCAGGAUCCUACCCCCGUGCCAAAGUACAUAGAGAUCGAACACGUGGGAGCCCAGGGGCUGUUACACCGAGGAGGGCAGAUCCAUGGGGCGCUUCCCAUUGCCUCCGGGGAACGCUGGAACCUCAUUGUUUGGAUGAGAUCGUCUGCCAUCCGCAACCAGCUCUGCCCCAUGUGCAACAAGAAACCUGAGCUGGUGGAAGCAGAGGGGUUUGGAGAUGGCUUCACAGAGACCCUUAAUGAUGAUGUGCCCGGAACUGUGGAUCUCUGUUCCUUGGGGUAGCAAUGAUAGAGCCUGAAUUCUUCAGACCAAGUUUCCUUUCUGACCUCUCAGACUCUUUGAUGGAUGCACAAGUCAUGUAAGGAGCGCUUUACCACCUUGGGAAGCGGUGCAAACCCGGUCCUGCUGGGUUAGGGAAGCCUCACCUGCUUGGAGAGCUGGAAGAGCUGGUGCUUGGCUCACACUCAGGCUGAAGGACUGCUUGAGAGACACACAAAGACUUGACACGGAUUCACUGCAGAGGCUCUGUAAGUAUUGUCAGGUGUACAAGGAGAGCACCCAAAGGUGUUUGGCCUCUGUGAAGACCUCAGUGCCAACAGCAGCAUCGCGGGUCCUGCUGUAAGUGGGAAAGAGCAGCGCAAUAAAGCCCUGUCCUUAGCA